AUGUCGAAGGCCGCCAAGAAGAAGUCAAGCAAGAAGGCUAGAUCUGGAUCCGAAGUCGCUUCGUUCGACCAAAAAACCAUUAAUGAGUUUAAGGAGGCUUUCGGCAUUAUGGAUCAGAACAAGGAUGGAAUUAUUGACAAGAACGAUCUCAAGGAUUUGUACGCCAUGAUGGGACAGAUCGCUUCUGAGAAGCAAAUUGAGGACAUGAUCAAGGAAGCUCCAGGACCAAUCAACUUCACCGUCUUUUUGACAUUGUUCGGAGAGCGAUUGACAGGAACUGAUCCCGAAGCCACGAUUGUCGGUGCAUUUGCCAUGUUCGACAAGAAGGACUGUGGAAAGCUUAAGGAGGAAGAAUUGAUAAAGAUCCUCCAAAACAAGCGAGGAGAGCCCCUUGAUGAGGACGAGAUCAAGGCUAUGUACAAGGGCAAACCUCCAAUUGAGAACAACGAAGUCGAUUACAAGGCGUUCGCUCACCUUAUCACCACUGGUGCUCAAGACGAACUUGCAGCUGCAUAA